AUGCGCAUUGCUGGGUCCCAGAUAGACCGAGAUCUCGUUCGUGGCGGUUUCUGGUCAUCAUUUCUACUGGCACACCAGUCAGUUCACACUGGGGAGAUGCCGUUCAUCUGCUCAGACUGUGGGAAGGCAUUCACACACUCAUCCACGCUACAGAGACACCAGCGUGUUCACACUGGGGAAAAACCAUUUACCUGCUCUGAAUGUGGGAAGGGAUUCACUCAGUCAUCUACCCUUGUGUCACAUUCACGAGUUCACACUGGGGAGAGGCCAUUCACCUGUUCUGAAUGUGGGAAGGCAUUCACAGACUCAUCCACGUUACAGAGACACCAGCGUGUUCACACUGGGGAGAAACCAUUCACCUGCUCCGAAUGUGGGAAGGGAUUCACUCAAUCAUCUACCCUUGUGGCACACUACCGAGUUCACACUGGGGAGAGGCCGUUCACUUGCUCUGAAUGUGGGAAGGCAUUCACAGACUCAUCCACGUACCAGAGACACCAGCAAGUUCACACAGAGGAGAAACCAUUCUCCUGCUCAGACUGUGGGAAGGGAUUCACUCAGAAAUCCAACCUGCAGACACACCAGCGAGUUCACACUGGUGAGAAACCAUUUACCUGCUCUGAAUGUGGAAAGGGAUUUACUCAGUCAUCCAACCUUGUGUCACAUUACCGAGUUCACACUAGGGAGAGGCCGUUCACCUGCUCUGAAUGUGAGAUUGGAUUCUCUCAGUCAUGUCAACUGAAGGAACAUCAGCGAGUUCACACUGGAGAGAAACCGUUCACCUGUUCAGAUUGUGGGAAGGAAUUCACUCGGUCAUCAGAACUGAAAGUACAUCAGCGAGUUCACACUGGGGAGAGGCCAUUCACCUGCUUAGACUGUGGGAAGGCAUUCACAAACUCAUACACACUACUGACACACCAGCAAGUUCACACUGGGGAGAAACCAUUUAUCUGCUCUGAAUGUGGGAAGGGUUUCACACAGUCAUCCAACCUUGUGUCACAUCACCGAGUUCACACUGGGGAGAAGCCGUUCACCUGCCUUAAAGUAGGAAUGGAUUCUCUCAGUCAUGGCAACUGAAGGAACAUCAGUCAGUUCAUACUGUGGAGAAGCCAUUCACCUGCUGUGCGUGAGAACGGAUUCACUCAGUUAAUGCAACCUAGAGGGAUACCAGUCAGUUCAAAUUGGGGAGAAGCCGUUCAGCUGUUCUGUGUGGGAAAGAAUUCAUUCAGUUCUGCAUCCUGUAGGCAAACCAGUCAGUUUACACUGGGGAGAAGCCAUUCACUUGGUCUGAAUGUGAGAAGGGAUUUACUCAGUUAUCCCAACUGCAGACACACCAGUGAGUACACACUGGGGAGAGAAUUAUUGUUAUCUAUAGAUUUGAAUGGAAAUUUUCUUUGAGUAUAAAAAUAGCUGUUUAAUGCUAGGUGCCAUAUCUUUAAUUUCUAUCUUCAAGUAGAAGACCUUGUCACUGCUCCUUUCCUGUUUUAUCAACCUUUAAUAAAACUAUC